CAAAAUAUUUCUUUUUAUUGCUGCUUUCUUUUGCUAGCAAUUGCAAGGGCUUCCCAAAGAUGGUGCCAAUAUCAGGGCACCAUCUUUUGUUAUAUGUUUUUAUCAUUUUCAGCUUCAGCUUCAUAACUAUCACUGUAGUAGCUGAAUCUGAUGGUCAACAAUUAAAUACUCAAGGUAAAUCACCACUGCUACCAUCCACAACCCCUAACGAUAAGAGAUGGUUUUCAUUGUCAUCUCUAACAAUAAGACCGCCUCCGUCUCCGCCUCCACCUCCGCAAUUAUCACCGCCAAAAUCUCCUAUAAUACCGCCAUCUUUGCCGCCAAAGCGUCCGCCUUUAUCAUCAUCGCCACCAUCGCCAAUGACACAGCCAAGAUCUCCUAUACUUUCACCAUCUUUACCGCCAAAACGUCCUCCUUUAUUAUCACCGCCGCCAUCCCCAAUAUCAACACCACCAAAAUCUCCUACAGUAUUACCGUCUUUUCCGCCAAAACGUCCACCUUUAUCAUCACCAUCGCCAUCCCCAAUAUCACCACCACCAAAAUCUCCACUGUCUUUACCACUAAAACGUUCACCUUUAUCACCAUCACCGUCAUCCCCGGUAUCACCGCCGCCCAAAAUUCCACCAUCAUCACCGCCAAAAUCUCCUACAUUACCACCAUCUAAUUUACCGCCAAAACGUGCACCUUUAUCAUCACCGCCACCAUCCCCGGUAUCACCACUACCAAAAUAUCUACAAUCAUCGCCGCCAAAAUCUCCUACAUUACCACCAUAUCUACCGCUAAAACGUGCACCUUUAUCAUCACCGCCGCCAUCCCCAGUAUUACCACCACCAAAAAUUCCACCAUCAUCACCGCCAAAAUCUCCUUCAUUACCACCAUCUUUACCACCAAAACGUCCAUCUUUAUCAUCACCGCCGUCAUCCCCAGUAUCACCGCCACCAAAAACUCCACCAUCAUCACCACCAAAAUCUCCUUCAUUACCACCAUCUUUACCACCAAAACGUCCACCUUUAUCAUCACCGUCGUCAUCCCCACUGUCACCAUCACCAAAAUCUCCACCAUCAUCACCACCAAAAUCUCCUACAUUAUCACCAUUUUUACCGCCAAAACGUGUACCUUUAUCAGCUCCGCCGCUACAAUUACCACCACUAUCGCCGCCGAAAUCUCCUACAUUACCACCAUCAUCACCACCACCAUCUCUGAUAUCACCACCAAUAAAAUCUCCAUCAUUAUCACCACCAAAUUCUUUACCAGUUUUACCUCCAAACCAUCCAUCAUCACCCUCACCGCCUCUUAUCUCCCCGCUAAUUAAAUCACCACCAUCUACAUCGCCAAAACAUGCACCUUUAUCAUCGCCACCAUUACUACCACCAAAAGGGUCGUUAUUAUUGCCACCAUCUUUACCGCCUAAACGGUCACCUUUAUCACCACCGCCACCUCCUCCUAUAAGAGGACCACCACCACCUCCUCCGCGCUUUCCAUUUUGGCCAUUUCCCAUAAAAUCACCACCUCCUCCACGCACUCCAUUUUGGCCAUUUCCCAUAAAAUCACCACCUCCACCUCCACGCAUUCCAUUUUGGCCAUUUCCCGUAAAAUCACCACCUCCUCCUCCACGCACUCCAUUUUGGCCAUUUCUUUUCCCAUUUCCUAAACAAUCACCACCUCCACCAAAGCUUAAUAGAUUUUUCUAAGUAUCUUCGUGAAACCACUGGUUAUAAAUGCCAGGACAGAUUUCUUAUGACUAGCAAGGGUAUAGAAUAAUAAUCAUAUGAAAUUUUCUAAAUAAAUGUAUUCUGAUUAUCUAAAAAUAAUGUCAGAAAUAAAACAUUGUGUUUAUUUUCCAAGAUAACUAGUAUUAUGAUUUACAAACUUUAUGCAACUUCAUUCGUGAUCA